AUGGAAAUUACUGCAGAUCACCCAGACCUCAACCAGUUCUUUGCCAACCACCAGAAUCUCUGGGGCAGUCGAAUGGAUGCACUUGUCGGCCUGGUCGAAAACAGCAUCAUGGAGCCCAACGACCUCAUCAAGCGCGGCGAGGUCCCAGUUUCGUACAUCUUCGCCAUCGAGCCGACGAGUGACGAUGAAAAGGUACAUAGAGCAUUCGAGUCUCUCAUGAGCGCCGCCGGCAUGAUCCGCUUCUUCGCUGCCGUCAACGAGCUAUCCGACUAUGACAAUCAGAGCCGCAAAGAGACCUAUUCCAUCAAAAAUCCGGAAGAGAUUGCCCUGGCUUUUGAAGAAGCUGCCAGUGCAACCAUGGCUUCGCUUACCAAAGGUCAGGUUGGAGCUGUUUACAAUGUCCAGACCACCCAAACGGGACCACCCUUGACGCUGAACAAAUCGCGCUCAGAAAUUCGCCAAGAUGUAAUUAAUUUCAUCCUUGCCGAUGUUCCUGAUGUCAGCAGCUCUGUCAUCAACAAGGUCAAUGAAGCCUUUACAGACUUCAUUCGCAAGAUAAGGCCGUUUCGGGUCAGCGAGGAGUCAGGGCUUCCCACUGUGAAUCACUGCGUCGUUGUUCACUACGUCGCCAUGAGUGCGGAGACGGAUACUGGUGCGUCUCCAAUUCCAGAGCCAAAGACACGCAUUGUGUAUUUUAAAUGCAAGGCUGGAGACUGGGAUCGUGCGAUGCAGAAGCCAGAUGAUUCCAAGAAGGAUGAAAAGAUACCUUUUACCAUGGACAUUUUGGUUAAGGAGAUGACGUUGGACGAAACGCUAUUCCGGAGACGAAAGGGCAAUUGGGAAACCAUGGCUAGGUUCAUUGCCGAGAACAAGGACGACGUCAAGGAGGUUGUCGAAAGUGAGGGUAUUGAAGGGUUUGGCAGGAAGACGGCAUUCGUGUUUGAGGCUUAG